AACAAUAACAACACAGCACUCUUUAAGUGAGGCCUAUAAAAGGAAAAGCAUCGCCUCCUGAAGAUUCUCGUGCUUCAUCAUCCACUUCUCUUCUUAGCUAAAAUUUAAACCCGUUCCAGCUAAGCUUCUCGUAUCCCUUAGAAAAAGCAAAACACAGGGAUAUCUUUAACAAACGGUGUCGUUUUCCUCUCUGGUUCUCCAUUUUUAAGAGAUGAAAAUGGCGGAUCAUUACUUGCUAGGAUGGAUCUUAGCUUCCAUAGCAGGGAUAUUUGCUCUCUAUUAUAUUGUUUAUUUGGUGGUUCAGCGAGAAGAGGAAGAGAUUAACAGAAAAUCUCUCUUACAAGCUAGAAGGGACUCCGUCAAGACGUUAUCCGCCGUUACUGAUGACAAUAACCGAGAAUGUAGAUCCGAUGCUGACAUCAUCAUUGUUGGUGCUGGCGUCGCCGGCGCUGCUCUCGCUCACACUCUCGGCAAGGAUGGCCGUAAAGUGCAUGUUAUUGAAAGAGACUUGACCGAACCUGACAGAAUUGUUGGUGAAUUGCUACAACCAGGAGGCUACCUAAAGUUAGUUGAAUUGGGACUUGAAGAUUGUGUGGAGGAAAUUGAUGCUCAGCGGGUGUUUGGUUAUGCUCUUUUCAUGAAUGGAAAACAUGCCCAACUCUCUUAUCCCUUGGAAGAUUUUAAUUCUGAUGUAGCUGGCAGGAGCUUCCAUAAUGGGCGUUUUAUACAGAAAAUGCGGGAGAAAACUUCAUCCUUGCCCAAUGUUCGGUUGGAGCAAGGAACUGUCACUUCUCUAAUUGAAGAAAAAGGAAUAAUCAAAGGAGUGGCAUACAAAACAAAAGCUGGUGACGAGCUCACAGCUUUUGCUCCACUCACUAUAGUUUGCGAUGGCUGUUUUUCAAACUUGCGUCGCUCUCUUUGCAACCCCAAGGUAGAUGUGCCCUCUUGUUUUGUUGGUUUGAUAUUGGAGAACUGUAAACUUCCAUACCAAUAUCAUGGGCAUGUUGUAUUAGCAGACCCUUCCCCAAUUUUAUUUUAUCAAAUCAGUAGUACGGAAGUACGCUGCUUGGUUGAUGUACCAGGACAGAAGGUUCCUUCUAUUUCAAGUGGUGAAAUGGAAAACUAUUUGAAGAAUGUGGUGGCUCCUCAGAUUCCCCCAGAAAUAUAUGAUUCUUUUGUUGCUGCUGUCGAUAAGGGAAACAUUAGGACAAUGCCAAACAGAAGCAUGCCAGCUUCUCCCUAUCCUACUCCUGGUGCAUUACUCAUGGGUGAUGCAUUCAACAUGCGUCAUCCUCUGACAGGGGGAGGAAUGACUGUAGCACUAUCUGACAUUGUUGUACUACGGGAUCUUCUUAAGCCUCUGCGAGACAUACACGAUGCACCUACUCUCUGCAGUUAUCUUGAAUCAUUCUACACCUUGCGAAAGCCUGUAGCAUCUACAAUCAAUACGCUAGCAGGUGCCCUCUAUAAGGUGUUUUCUGCUUCAUCUGAUGAAGCAAGGAACGAAAUGCGACAGGCUUGCUUUGAUUAUUUGAGUCUUGGAGGUGUAUUUUCAACAGGACCGGUUUCUUUGCUGUCUGGUUUAAAUCCUCGUCCAUUGAGCUUGGUUGUCCAUUUCUUUGCUGUUGCAAUUUAUGGCGUUGGCCGUUUGUUAUUGCCAUUCCCUUCACCUAAGCGCAUGUGGAUUGGAGCUAGGCUGAUUUCGGCUGCAUCAGGAAUAAUCUUCCCCAUAAUUAAAGCAGAGGGAGUGAGGCAAAUGUUCUUCCCUGCAACUGUCCCAGCAUAUUACAGAGCUCCUCCUGUUGAAUGCAGUUAGUUUAAAAUGUAGGCAAAUGUUAAAUUUGUGAUUCGACAACCAAGUGAAUAUAAAUUUGUAUCUUUCCAUGAAUCACUUCUAUUUUUAUUUAUUUAUUGUUGAUUAAUCGUUUUGGUUUGUUCUCAUCCCCUGAUCAAAGUAAAAGGGAGUGGGUGAAUGUCUUACUGGGAAACACUGAAUUGCCAUACGCGUUAGUUUGUAGGACUAUAUAGGAUGUCCAUAACUGUGACUCUGUACUCCAUCUAUAAUAAAUUUAUUUAUUUAUACUUGUUAA